AUGUCCUCUCCGAUCAUCCCCACGAACGAACCCCAGAUCCAGGCAAGGAAUCCCUUUGCACGUCCGGGUCCCAUCCCAGAUUGGAGGUUGACAGGUCUUUAUGUGGAAAGGGCACCUUCGCUCGUAGCCAGAGACGAGGCAUCUUCAACAUCCUCGACUCCGGCUGUCACGACCUCGUGCGGGAAGAACGAUAACUCGGGCGCCUGCGAGAAAUACUAUGGUUCGGGUGGAUCCGACACGACUUUGCCCAUCGUAUUAGGUGUGGUGAUCCCACUGGGCAUCGCAUUGGUGGUGCUGAUAUACUUGCAUCGACGGCAUGUGAGAAAACUAAGACGUGAAGAUGCCGACGACCGACACAAGUCUCUGGAUUUUGGCCUGGAGGUCGCAAAGCAGGGAGGUGAAAAGCGGACGGGCAGGAAUAUUCCCGAGAUGUCGAUGGCUGAGGGCAAGGAGGUUGGUCUCAGACGAGGACGUGGCUUGUCGCUGGACAUGGGAGCCCACAAUCCAUACCUUCUGCCCCCCGAGCUACAGAACUCCCGGGAGUCGCUACACUCCCUAUCCCGCUUGAAUACCGGCGACGAUAAGUACCGCGCAACCGAUUUCAUUCCUGACGAUGGUUCCAUUCGGCCGCCUUCCAGCCUGAGAAGUCCGCACGACGAUUCAUCAAGCUUCACCGGCUCUUCCACCCGUCGAUUUCCAUCGGACUCGAAGCAGAGUCUACUAGCAAACGGAGCACCACCUUCUGGCCGAGCUACUCCAACAGAUUCGAUUUCUGGCAGUCGCAAUCCUGUACCGCCAGGCAAAAGCAACAACCUGCUCGCCCCCACAGUACCUGAGGCUGCGCGUGACUCUGUGGUCAGCACAACGAGUAGUAUCGGUGCGAUCAACGCUCUACGAGCUAGCAACAAUUAUCUUGGGCAGUUCAUCAGCGGAGGCACGCCUUUAACGAAAGAGGACUCGGACAAGAAGGAGCCCAGUACCUCUGUGAAUGAAGUCAACGUUGACACUCCGGUUGUUCACGUCCAGCCGCCUCCGCCUGUUCUCAAUAAGAACGCUCCGCCAGUCCCCCUCCUGUCAGCAGAUUCUGCUCAUGAUCAGAUGUCUUCCGGCCCCACUGUCACGGUGACUCUGUCUGAGGAUCGCCAGCCGCGGUUGCCUCAACUUAGUUUCAUUGACUCACAAGGUCAGAAGCAGCAGGCCAUCCAGACAGAGAAGCCUCGUCAAAUAGCACCCAUUACGUCCCAGAGUACACCUCAGCACUCUAACGCCCCUUCUACUGAUCUCGGGCUGCACCAAAGCGAUCAACAACACCACACACCGCAAGGCCACGCUCACACUCAAGUUGAGGAAGAGGACUACUACGAUGACUACGAAGCAUAUGGUGAUUACGACCAGCAGUACUACGACGAUCAGGACUAUCAAGAUUACUAUGAUCAUCAAGAGCAGUGGGGUCAUGAUCCCCGUCGGUCCAUGAUGGGUCUGCGACCUUUGCCUCCUGAUGAUCCUUCUGAGAACCCGGAGGACCGCGCAAACCGAAUCCGGUCUUUCUACAAGGAGUACUUCGAUGACAGCAAGAAUGUGAAUCAUAGCCAACAAGCACAAUAUUACGAUGGUUCUGAAGGAUACCAUGGCAAUCAUCACCAAGGUCACUUCCCCGAAGGCUACCAUGAUCAAGCGGCCUACCAUGCGCCUCGUGGGAUGUCACAAGCUGGCACCUAUGGCAGACAUCGGGCCACAAUAUCCAAUGGAAGCUACCAGACCGGUCCAAGAGCAUUCUCAUCCGCGUCUAGUCGGUAUGGCGGACCUCGGAUGCCGCCGCCAAAGAAACUGCCGCCGCCGGCAGCACUCAACCUCUUACCAACACCACACAAACUCAAAGAAGACACUUUCUUGCCCAUCGAUUUUGCGCCGCCCAAGAAAUACCAUAAUCAGAGAGCUGGUACUCCCGACAGCCUUCGAGGAGGAUUGAGGCCUUAUUCUCCAUCAGUAAGAGCGCAUAUCCCGCUAGUGUCCUCGUUUGAUGAUCUGGCUGUCAUACCAAGCCCUCAUCAACUGCGCAAGUCGGCUACGUUUACUGCAUUAGAUUUCGCACCCCCGGGGCGACUCAGAACGAAUGAUACCGCCAGUGAUGCUGGAAGUAUUCGCAGCAAUCGUUCAGGAAUCUCAGCCAUACACGCGCGCAACAUUCGCACCGGUGCUUACCGUGUCAGCCGGAUCCCCAAGGAGGUAGCAGGCACUAGGGACGAGCUUGCGGCGGCUUUGAGGCCACAGUGGGAUUUGAAUCGAUGA